CCCACGUCUCGUGGCGACACAUCUGGUUGCCGACGGGAUUCGUACGAUGGCGCAGUUCAUGGGCCUCCACUACAUCCUCAACACCAACAAGACGACGGUGCACUACGACGUCUCGGCGCGCGAUGACAUUCUGCGCACGAGCAACCUCCUCGUGAACCUCAAUGGCCACCUCCGGCAGCACGAGACGACGCGCCUGCCAUCGCUCUCGCAGUGCACCGACCGGCUCGCGAUUAACGCGGCGACCGUGCGCCGGCGCUUGGCCAUCGAGCGCCGCAACGCCAAGCGGCAGAUCGUUUCCAGGACGUCCGCGGUGCAAAAUGCGUCGCCGCCUGUCUUGAUCCAUGUCAAGAACACCAAGAACCGCGUGUCCGCGGCUGCGUACCGCGAGAAGCGCGAGCACAAGCUGUCGUAUAUCAUCGACGAGAUCCAUCGGCUUGAGGCGUCGCACCCGAGUCUGCGGCACCGGCCAUUUGCGCCGGCCAAAAAGGCCAAGUCGGUGCAGCUUCCGACCGAGUCCAAGGACGAGUACCGGCGCCGAACGAACCGCGAGUCGGCCGCCAAGUCCCGACUGCUGCAGGAAGAGAAGGUGUGGUACUUGAACCGAGAGCUCGCGCGGCUGCAAGCACUCGCACCGCAAUAGCGUAAUGCUUGCAUAUCGUGUACAUAUAAAGAGGACGGCGACCUGUGCGCGUCCUUGUGUGUCGGAUGUCGCGCAGCUUCCGCCGUGACCUCGCUUGUUGCUUUCAAGGUCAUCUUGGCACUUGUCUCUGCACAGAAGCAUCAUCCCAAUCGGCUGCGACUCGAGCACGACCGGUCCGAACGACGGACCAUUUCGUUCGAGCCGUGUAGUCAACGGCGCUGCGGAUGCCAAACGAACGCACUCCUUGCCAUGGUCGUCGUGGCGUUGCAGAGGGUACCGCCACCGAGCUCGUCAAGCUCCAGCUCCAAGCAGCGCAAACGACGUUGUGGUCGGGCCACUCGGUGUCGAAGCACGGAUCUCGGACUCGGGGUUGCUCGUCGCCACCUCCAUGUCUCGAUACAUUGAUACAAUUGUACAUUCAUACUGGUGUACGUUAAUACCGAAUUUUGUGCACAAGUAGUGCUGUUAUGCAGUCAACGUGACGACCGGGACCUAGAGCGAGCGAGCGACGCGCGCUGUGAACGUGUCGGCGACCCCAUUGAUGCCCGAGUGGUGGCUCGAAGCGCAUGGCAGCCCGAGAGAGGAACCAGCCUGUCCAAG